AUGUCACCCAUCCUGAUUCUCUCGAUCUUUCUUCUGGCAAGUGGAGCUGGUGCAGAGGAGAUCAUCGGGGGCCAUGAGGUCAACCCCCACUCUCGCCCCUACAUGGCAUUUAUUCAGUCUGUCAAUAAUGGUGGGAAGAAGAGUCGCUGUGGAGGCUUCCUGGUGCAAGACAACUUCGUGCUGACAUCUGCUCACUGCCUGGGAAGCUCAAUGAAAGUCACUCUGGGAGCGCACAACAUCAAGGCACAGGAGGAGACCCAGCAGACCAUCCCUGUGGUGAAAGCCUUUCCACACCCUGACUAUAAUCCUAAGGACCAGUCCAAUAACAUCAUGCUCUUAAAGCUGGAGAGAACAGCCAAGAGAACUAAAGCUGUGAGGCCCCUCAACCUGCCCAGGCGCGGGGUUCAGGUGAAGCCAGGGGAUGUGUGCUAUGUGGCUGGUUGGGGAAAGAUGGCUCCUGAAGGCGAAUACCCAAACACACUUCAAGAGGUGGAGCUGACAGUGCAGAAGGAUCAGGAGUGUGAGGCUCGCUAUCCAGGUUAUUACAACAAAGCCACUGAGAUAUGUGUGGGGGACCCAAAGAUCAAGCGUGCUGCCUUUCAGGGGGAUGUUGGAGGGCCUCUCGUGUGUAAAAAGGCAGCUGCAGGCAUCAUAGCCUUUGGAUAUGAUGAUGGUUCAACACCUGAAGUCUUCACCAGGGUCUCAAGUUUCUUAUCGUGGAUAAAGAAAACAAUGAAACGCAGCUAA